AUGGACGAUUGGAUCCGCUUCUUUCUGGUCGGGGAGGAUCUGGUAGCAUUAGGGAAACUUGAUUUUGUUCUCUGUGAUACAUCGCUUAUCCUUGCAGGAGGUACGGGCGUGAACCAGAUGGGUGGCGUGUACGUCAACGGGCGGCCGCUGCCAGACCACAUCCGCCACAAGAUCGUGGAAAUGGCCCACUCUGGCGUACGAUCCUGCGACAUCUCCCGCAUACUUCAAGUGUCCAAUGGCUGUGUGUCCAAGAUCCUUGCUAGGUACUACGAGACGGGGUCCAUCAAGCCCCGGGCCAUCGGAGGCUCCAAACCCCGUGUGGCGACGCCUCACGUCGUCAACAAGAUCGCCGACUAUAAGAGGGAGUGCCCCUCCAUCUUCGCAUGGGAGAUCCGCGACCGACUACUGUCCGAGUGUGUGUGUACCAACGACAACAUCCCCAGCGUAUCAUCCAUUAACCGGGUACUGAGGAACUUGGCGGCACAGAAGGAACAAGGCUCAGGUGUGGGCGUGGGUGUGGGUGCAGCCGGCGGUGAGAGCGUCUACGAUAAACUACGGAUGUUCAACGGAGGAGCUGCGGCGGCUGGGUGGGCUGCGGCGUGGUACCCAGGUGCGGCUGCUGGUCACCUAGGACUCCCUCAGCAUCACAACACAGCCCUGCCGCCUAUACCCAGGGAAGACCCCAAGAGAGGACUAUUCUCGCCGUCAGACAACAACAACGAGGUGACAAGUGACGGCAACAGCGAGCACAACUCUAGCACGGACGAGGACUCACAGCUUCGUCUGCGGCUUAAGCGAAAACUACAGCGAAACAGAACUUCCUUCACUAAUGAACAGAUCGACGCCCUAGAGAAAGAGUUCGAGCGGACUCACUACCCAGAUGUGUUCGCCCGGGAACGACUGGCGGAAAAGAUUGGACUACCUGAGGCCCGGAUACAGGUUUGGUUCAGCAACCGGCGAGCCAAGUGGCGGCGGGAGGAGAAGUUGAGGACCCAGCGCCGCAGUGUCGACCAGGUGGGCGUGGGCAUGGCUAACACCGCCGCCGCAGCCGCAGCCUCCAGACUACCCCUUCAGUCUGGUUUCAACUCCAUGUACCCGUCCAUCCCGCAACCCAUCGGCACUAUGGCAGACUCCUACAGCAUGUCCGGGUCGCUAAGCUCCAUGGGUGGGUCGUGCCUACAGCAGAGGGACGCCGCCUCCGCCUAUCCCUACAUGUUCCACGACCCUCUCUCCUCCCUCUCCUCCUCCUACCAGCGCUCCUCCUCCCAGCUGGCCUCCUGCGGUAACACGGCGUCGCAGGUCGCAGUCUCCUCCUUCAACGCCGCCAGCCACGCGGCGGCCGCCUCCUACGCUGCCGUAGCCACCUCUUCCGCAGGCGGCACGGGAACAGUGAUGGGAUUUCGUCCGUACAUGGAGCGUGCCACAGGCGGGGGAGGCAGCUUCCCACGGGCCGAGCUGACGGACACACACCCUCACUCACCUCCAGCUGGUUUCCGGGCGACUGGGCUCGGCAAACACCCGUCGACUUGCACAAUUAGCGGCUUAAUAUCAGCGGGUGUGUCAGUGCCAGUCCAGAUCCCCAGCCAGACCCCUGAUCUGAGCGCCGCCAACUAUUGGCCGAGGCUCCAGUGAUGGUCUCUGAUGCGUGAGCCGGAUCUCUCGGCCUCGCAGUACUCACAAGUCUAAGGGCCUCACCACCACCACCACCACCGUCACCACCACCACCGUCACCACCGCCGUCACCACCGUCAUCUAAUACGACUGAGGUUCGAGUGGCUGUUUUUUUUUGUCUUCUUGUGUGGUUCACCUGCCCUCAGGGUGUGGUUUAUCAACGGGGGAGGUGUGGCUUACUCAAGGGGGUGUGAUUUACCCAAUGGGGUGUGGCCUACUCCAAGUGGUGUGGCUUAUUAAUAGAGUGUGGCUUACCCAUAGCGUACGGCUUUACCCACAGGCUGUAAAACUUACUCAAGAGGUGUGGCUUACCCAUGGAGGUUGUGGCCUAUUCAAAAGUUGUGGCUUACCCAUGGGGGUGAGCCUUCACCCAUGAGGCGUGACCUUAGUGAUAGUUCCUCUUCAGACAUAACGAAGAACGGGCGUACUAUCACGGCGACUUUCCACGAGAUAAUGUCAACAUUGUGCACAUAUGAUUCUGAUUUUGUACGGCUGUCCCGGCUCUGGGCUGACAUUAUGGUGGCAUCGUGGAAGUUUUCGGACGUGUUAUUGAUACAAAACUUAUGUUGUAGUGAGGAGACCUUUUGUAAAGCUCUUUGUUCCCGGUAGAAGAGGACACAACUGUGCUGGGUUUUCUGACCAACUUGUGCAAUCUGCGCUGAUACUCCUGCCAAUGUUCUUUUUUUUCCCAAGUUUUUAAAGCGCAAGGUGAUAAGUUUUUUUGACGGAUGAAUGACACAAAGAAACCCCCAGUUAGGUACAAAAUGACGAUACCAGUUGUAACCAAAAUAAUAUUAACUAUAAUGCAUGCUGUCAUGUACAUUGGUAUUUGAAAGGUAAAAGAUUACGAAGAUACCCAUAGCUUAGGAUUAAUCUUUAGUUACAUAAGUUGCUGUUGCUUCUGACUGCGGCCAACAGCAUCCCCGAGUCAGAGAAAACAGAAUUUAGUCACAGAAAACGGGAUGCUGUAGCCGAGCACUGCGAGACGGGUGUUGUCAACUGUCUCUGCUUUUCACAGUGAUGGGCGGCAGCGGAUGGCCUCUUGACACCUAUUUAUUACUGUAUAAAGGUGUGUAAACUGUGUAUAGUGUAGUAGACUGUGUAGUUUAGUUAUCAUACUCAUGCGUAUACACAACACAACCUUCCCUCCCUCCCUCCCUCACAACAACAA